GUUGAAUCCCUUUCCAACCAGGAUACUUUGCAUACUUGCCAUGAUGCGCCUCGCUCAGCUCGCAGUCGUCGUCGUCGUCGUCAGCAUCGCUGAACCCGCGGUGGCCGCGUAUAAGGGCGACAUCAGCAAGAACGGUUUUCAGCUCGUAUGCGAUGGUCCUCCUCCGUACCGAAAAUGCAUCCCGCCCUUCGCUUACUGUAGAGGGCUGAAGUACCAGCUCUCAUUGGCCGCCUUCGACCUAAUGCGAGGACAGGCCAGGGCACCGGAAAUCCUGAGAGCCAGGGACUAUUGCCACGAUGUUGCCCUCUGCUAUUGUGUCCAGGGACCCAAGGACCCGAACUGGUACGAGCGAGAGAGACGGCGACAGGAAAGAGCGCGUAGGCAGAGAGAAAAAAAACUUGGGGGGUCGACGGCGACACGGGCGGAGGAGGGAUGCGAAGAGCCGAACCCAGAUCACCAGGCCAAAGUGAAAACUUCCUCGCCAGACGAGGAGGAGUGGGCGAACAAGCUGCAGCCGGCGGAGGAGGGAUGCGAAGAGCCGAACCCAGAUGACGAGGCCGUAGUGGAAACUUACUCGCCAGACGGGGAGGAAUGGGUGAACAAGCUGCAGCCGCUGGUGGCCUGGAUGGCGGCGGAUGAUGAUUGUUGAGAUGUAUAUGGCUCCAAUGGCAAAGGGAGCCGACUCUCCAGUUAGGGAGCUACAUGACAUCUCUAAUAUUACCUGUAGAGCGCCAAGGCUAGCUAUGCCUCGAGGUUGCCCAUCCUUCUAUAAUACCUAAUGACAAAAGGAAGGCACAGCAAAGUGAGG